UUUCUAUAUGCCAAAAACGGUGUAUUGAGAAUCAAGGAUCCAAGUACAGCUCAUGUACCUACCGGUCUACCUACCAGCCUACAUAAUCACCCCGGCCUGUCUGGCAGUGCCUGCCCAGCGCCCAGGCUACCUGGCUGUGGCUGCCUCGGCACGAACGAACGAACUCAACCCAACCCAACUCAUCAGCUUCGAAGGAUUCGAUAAUCGACAUUUGAGACAAAUAUCUACUUUUGAAACUUGCAUCUUGGGCUUGCCAAGUGUACACCAUUCGUCAUUUGAUGAUGAGGGAAAAGAGUUAAAUGUUCAUCAACGUCAAUGACUCGUUGGUCGCUCAUUAAGCUCGACGAGUAUGUAAACUGUAGACAUAUCCUUUGGUAAUGAGUCACCGAGGCCACCACUCCUCAUCUCAGAUCUCCCCCAAGCUGAGAGACCCAACUAAGACGGAUCUAAGAUUCGGAGGCGACCCUAGCCUCGAAGAGAGAAUUGUCUAGACCACGUAAGUUGCCGUCGGCUUUCUGUUGCCCGCGCGAACACGACAGACGAGACGAGCGUCAUGAUUUCAGCAUGAUAUGCUCAUCCGCAUCGACAAAUACUAUAUCGAAUUUCCAUCAUCUUCAUCAUCCAGAUGAUCUUCAGUUUGAGGCUGCUUCAGCUGCUACAUUUAGACGGUAAUACGAGUUAGGGAUGACCUGACAAUGUCACAAUUAGUCCCGAGCCUCCCGCUUACGGGGUUCUUAACCAGCUGAGCGGUAAAAGCUAAUCAGAAAGAGGAAGUGGACGGAACCGAAUUGAUGAUGAAUACGUGUUUGUAAUGAAUAUGAUAUCGGCCAUCGAAAAAGCUAAGGCGAUUUUUAAUCUGAGCCACGUUGGAAAUCAAUGGAUCUAUCGAAGGCAAGGAAGGGUUGGCGUGGGUUGCGUGGUUGCGUGGUUCUGUGGGCU